AAGGGGCUGUGACGCUGGCCUGAUCUUUAACAGAAAUCUUUGUCUUAUUCCAUCUACAGUCGCAGCUCAAUUCCAGACGCCUUUCUCCUUAGGCCAGGCGGUGAGCUGAUGGCCCAAGUUCAAGAAGCUUCCUUGCUCUCCAGCUCUUGGGUCUGCUGGAGCUCCGGAGGUGGGGGAGGAGCCUCGCCCGAGGAGGCGGUGGAGAAGGCUGGGGACACGGAGGAGGAGGCAGUGGGGGCGGCGAAGGUGUGUUCAGGCUAGGGAGCUGAGGAGAUGAAGCUGGAGCUACUACAAGAGCGUAAGCCCGCGCCUGAGGAGAACUUGACAUGGAGUGGCAGCGGCGGCGACGAGAAGGUGCUCCCUUCUACUCCCCCUCGCUGUCAGAGCAGCUGCUCGUCCCUUUGCCCGCGCCGCAAGCCUCGCCCUCGGCCCCAGCCCCCUGCCCGCUCCCGAGGCCCCCCCGGGCCUUCGGCCCUACCCCUGCCUCCAGCCGGUCCUUUCCCUCUAUCUCUGCCCCUGCCCCGUCCCUGGCGCAGAUCUUGGCGUAGAUCUCGGCCAGGGUCCAGGCCCCAGACAUGGCGAAGCUGUUCUGGUGACCUGGGCGGCUCUGGGGAUCGAGGUGGCUUAGGGGACUGGUUGCUGGAGUUGGAGUUUGAUCAGGGUCCCACAGGCUGCUCUCAUGUGGAGAGCUUUAAAGUAGUUAAGAACUGGAAGAAGAACCUGCAGUUGAUCUACCAGCGUUUUGUUUGGAGUGGGACCCCAGAGACUAGGAAACAUAAGGCAAAGUCGUGCAUCUGUCAUGUGUGUAGUACCCAUAUGAACAGACUCCACUCUUGUCUCACCUGUGUCUUUUUUGGCUGCUUUACCGAGAAACAUAUUCAGAAACAUGCGGAAACAAAACAGCACAAUUUAGCUGUAGACCUCUAUCAUGGAGUUGUAUAUUGCUUCAUGUGUAAGGAUUACAUAUAUGACAAAGACAUAGAACAGAUUGCCAAAGAAACGAAAGAGAAAAUUUUGAAAUUAUUAAUUUCCACCUCAACAGAUUUUUCUCAACAACAGUGUAUGACAUCAGGUGUUGAAGAGAAGCAAUCAACCUGUGAGUCAAAGGAACAGGAGCCAAAACUGGUGAAACCCAAGAAAAAGAGGAGAAAAAUGUCAGUCUAUACUGUAGGCCUGAGAGGGCUGAUCAAUCUUGGGAACACUUGCUUCCUGAAUUGUAUUGUCCAGGCACUUACCCAUAUUCCUCUACUGAAAGAUUUCUUCCUCUCUGACAAGCACAAAUGUAUAAUGACAAGCCCCAGCUUGUGUCUUGUCUGUGAAAUGUCUUUGCUUUUUCAUGCUAUGUACUCUGGGAGCCGAACUCCUCACAUUCCCUAUAAAUUGCUGCACCUGAUAUGGAUUCAUGCAGAACACUUAGCAGGGUACAAGCAGCAGGAUGCCCACGAGUUCCUUAUUGCAAUAUUAGAUGUGCUGCAUAGACACAGCAAAGAUGAUAGUGUUGGGCAGGAGGCCAAUAACCCCGACUGCUGUAACUGCAUCAUAGACCAAAUCUUUACAGGUGGCUUGCAGUCAGAUGUCACAUGUCAAGCUUGCCAUAGUGUCUCCACCACAAUAGACCCAUGCUGGGACAUCAGUUUGGAUUUGCCUGGCUCUUGUGCCACGUUCCGUUCCCAGAGUCCAGAAAGGAAUGACAGCACAGUGAGUAGGGAUGACCACAUACCAGGAAUCCCCUCACUAACAGACUGCCUACAGUGGUUUACAAGGCCAGAACACCUCGGAAGCAGUGCCAAAAUCAAAUGCAGUAGUUGCCAAAGCUACCAGGAAUCUACCAAACAACUCACAAUGAAGAAAUUACCCAUUGUGGCCUGUUUUCAUCUCAAGCAGUUUGAACAUGUUGGCAAACAGAGGCGAAAGAUUAAUACUUUUAUCUCCUUUCCCUUGGACCUGGACAUGACUCCAUUUUUGGCCUCCACUAAAGAGAACAGAAUGGAAGAAGGCCAGCCACCAACAGAUUGUGCACCCAAGAAGAAUAAGUAUUCUUUGUUUGCAGUGAUUAAUCACCAUGGAACUUUGGAAAGUGGACACUACACCAGCUUUAUCCGGCAACAAAAGGACCAGUGGUUCAGCUGUGAUGAUGCUGUCAUCACCAAGGCUACCAUUGAGGACUUACUCUACAGUGAAGGAUAUUUACUAUUCUAUCACAAACAGGGUCUAGAGAAAGACUAGUCUUAUCAGACCACUUACCAAAAAAAGUAAAAGAAAUGAAUAGGCAAGGAUCCUGAAGUGACACACACACCUACCUGGAAUGAACAAUGACAGUACCCAUACAACAACCAGCACCUCUUGAAAAACACAAAAACCUGUCUGAAAUGGACAACGAUAACAGCAUCUAUAUGACAAUUAGCACCUUGUUAUAAAGAACCUAUUUUACCAUGGCUUAUGGGUCUGUAAGAGGGAAAAGAAUACUGACUAGUGACCAUUCAGCCUUAAGAAAUGGGAGGAGGUAAAAGAGGUUGAAAAUGGUCACAUAAAGCAUAAUUAAGUGAAAAGAAUGCUUUAGGUGGGGAGAGUGGGACUAGAGAUGUUCUGGCACUACUAUAUGUCAUUUGUUUCUACACAAAUACUGUGGGAGGUCGGGGAGUAUUCCUUCAUCAGCAAAAAGCUUCACAGUUGGUGUUCUAGCUGUGGCUGACCAGUCAAAUAGUUUGAAAAAAAAAAAGAGGAUAUU